AUGCACGAGGAUCAGCGACACGAAGGGGAGAUAUCUCCGCUGCUGGGCAGACAAAAGCAAAAAAUCCGGACGUCUACACACUCUCUAUCAUUUUACCAAACGCGAAGCCCCUCGCACGUUGUCGGCCUUCUCUCCAUCUGCACCUUCUGCCUGGCAGGGGCGAGUGCUUUUCUCAACGUGCCAGUGACGCGACUCAUCGAAGACAACUUGUGUCGACGGUAUCUUGGCAACAGCCAUAGGCAAGGCUCUCCAAUUGACGAGCGACUCUGCAAGACCGACCAGAUCCAGUCCAAGCUAGCAUACCUCAAUGGCUCACUCGCCCUCGUGGAAGCCUUAGUUAGUCUUGUUGCUGCAUUCCCCUUUGGAGUCCUGGCCGACAUACUUGGUCGCAAGCCGAUAAUUCUCCUCUCAUCUGUAGGAUCUCUGCUUUCUUUGGCCUGGGUAUUAGCCGUAAUUGCUCUUCCCCAGAUCAUAUCAGUGCAAUUCAUUCUAGCCGGCCCGCUGUUCACUGUUGUAGGCGGUGGAAGCACCGUUCUAGUGGCUAACUUGUACUCCAUCCUAUCGGAUGUCGUGCCUGAUACAGAUAGAGCAUCUGCCUUUUUCUACAUGGCAUUUGCAAGUCUAGUUGGUGCCUCCGUUGGCCCAGCCAUCUCUUCCAGACUCAUGGAGUCCUUCUCGCCCUGGGUCCCGGCCCUCUUCGGCUUUUUUGCAGUGCCGAUCGGCGUGAGCGUGCUGGCCUUUGUACCUGAAACGUUUGCCCCAUCGAAGCUAGAUCCUACCCGCGAGGAAGAACAUGCCGGGUCAGGAGAAGCACAGCCCAAUGCCUUCAAAUCGCACUUAACCCAGUCCCUGCGACUCCUCAAAGUCUCUUUCAUGAUGCUUCACUCUCCCUCGCUCGUCCUCGUUCUGGCCACCUUUCUGACAUGCAUGCCGGAGUCCCUUGCCACAUCGCAGCUGUUCACGCAGUACGUGAGCAAGCGCUUCGACUGGCCACUCUCCAAGGCAGGAUAUCUCCUUACCAUCCGCGGCAUUGUCCAAAUGGGGGUCUUGCUUGUGGCGCUCCCACUCCUUUCUAAGCUGCUUCUACAGUGGCAGCACCCGGCCGGAAAGGACCUCACUCUAGCUCGCGUCUCAGCUACGUUCGCCGCUUCCGGAUCUCUUUACAUAGCUGCGUCGCAGAUAGGUCUUGUAAUCUCCGGCAUCACGCUGCAUACCUUUGGGGCUGGCCUGGCGCCGCUGUGUCGGUCGCUGGCCACCAGCUACCUGGCCCCACAGGAUACGUCAAAGCUUAACACGCUGAUUGGUAUCAUCGAAACCACAGGAUCUCUGUUUGCGGGACCUGCGCUCGCAUGGCUGUUCUCGAUGGGAAUGAAGCUGAAAGGAGCAUGGCUCGGGCUGCCAUAUUUUGCCUUGGCGGCUUUGUUCGUGCUGUGCUUGCUGGUACUCUUCGGUGUCAGCGCUCCUCAGCGGGACGGGGCUGAGGAUGGAUACGAUGGAGAAGGAGGCCUGCAGCAACGCCAUCCUCGGUCCACAGAAGGAGAUCUGGACCAAGAGGCAGGAAUACAGCAGACAUAG